AUGACGCACACCAUCCCGGGCGGCUGCUACUGCGGCGCGAUCCGGUACGAAAUCACCCUGGCCGACCCGGCGAACGAGGCGCGCACGUCGCUGUGCCACUGCGGCAACUGCAAGAAGUUCACGGGCGGCAGCUUCGGCAUCACCAGCAAGAUCCCGCGGGACAGUUACCGCGUCACGCAGGGCCGGGACGCCGUCCAGGUCCACGAGGCUGACAACGGCGCCGGGACGGUCUUGCACCGCGAGUUUUGCAAAGUGUGUGGCAGCGGGUUGUUGGAGUACGGUGCCAACGCCGGCGACUUCGUCUACGUCUUCUACGGCACGCUCGACCACCCGACCGACCUGCCGCCCAAGGGCGAGUUCUUCACCAGCCGGCGGGAUCCGUGGAUGCCCGAGGUCCCUGGGUUGUUCCAGAAGAAGAAAAUCAAGGAGUAG